AUGCGCACGGCCCUGGGCCAGUUCUCCUUCGCCCUCAUCAUCCUCAAGAUCUUUACGUCUGAGUUCUACGCCAUCGGCGCCCUCUUCGCCGUCUACGGCGCCGCCGUCAUGCUCGUCGCCAUCUACCGCCGCUAUGAGGGCAACCGCCAGUUUCUUCCUUGCCGCUCCGGAGGUCGACGCCCGCUUGGCGACCGCGAACCCGGCCGACGCUGA